AAUUGAAUAUAUUUCUGUCAUCUUUCCAGACCGCCUACAGGAUUAUGUUGGAAAAGAGGAGGAUUUCUCUGACCAGCAGCUCUAUGGACAGGAGAGGAAUUUCAGUUUGGACCAAGAGGAACCAGAAGCUCUGCAGAUAAAAGAAGAGCAGCAAGAACCAGAACAUCCCUGGACAAAAGAGGAAACCAUGGAGGUCCUCAUUAGUGAGCAGGAAGAGCAGCUUGUUCUGAAGCAAGAAACUGAAGUUACAGGAGAGGAAUUAUUCCAAUGUUUGCCAUGUGGAGAAAACUUUAUGAAACAAGAACUUUUAAUAGAUCACAUGAUAACUCACACAGAUCAGACGAAUAUUGAAUGUUUGUCCUGUGGAAAAAAAUUCACCUAUAAAUCUGACCUUGAUAAACACAUGAGAAUACACACAGAUUUGAGGCCUUUCAAAUGUCCGUCCUGUGGAAAGGGUUUCAGAACGAAAUCUCAUCUUAACAACCACAUCAAAAUCCACACAGGUGAGAAACCUUUCUCCUGUACAAUAUGUGGCAAACGUUUUACUGAAAAAAGUAGUUUGACUAAACAUGUGAAGAUUAAUUCGGGUGAAAGACCUUUUUCUUGCAAGACCUGUGAAAAAAGUUUCAUCUAUGAAUCUGACCUUAAUAAACACAUCAGAACUCACACAGGUGAGAGGCCUUUCUCCUGUACAACUUGUGGGAAAUGUUUUAUUGAAAAAAGUAAUUUGACUGAACACCUGAAGACUCAUUCAGGUGAAAGACCUUUUUCUUGCGAGACCUGUGAAAAACGUUUCAUAUCCAGAUCUCACCUUAAUUACCACAUCAGAAUUCACACAGGUGAGAGGCCUUUCUCCUGUACAACUUGUGGGAAAUGUUUUAUUGAAAAAAGUAAUUUGACUGAACACCUGAAGACUCAUUCAGGUGAAAGACCU